UAGCUGCCUGAUGGGUCUAGGCCCCUACGGUAGACAUCCGUCUCCUCCGCCAAAGAUUGACAGAAUGACGAUAUGUCAUCCAUUCAUUCAACAUAUCAAAGCAGCAUUCUCUCUAUAAAUAUGUCCAAUAGGCACCCUCGUUUCUCAGUUCCAAUUUCGAAUCUGAACACUCGCGCCUCGCGGUGUGUGAGUUUGAAGUGUCUUAUUGCUGCUAAUGGACAACUUUUCCACUGCUAACCCUAGCUCUGAGUUUUCUUCAGUGGCAAACAGCAUCAAAGAGAAGAAGAAAGGUGGGAAGAGAAGCAGAGAAGUGAAGCUCUCGACUGAUCCACAAAGCGUAGCUGCUAGGGAAAGGAGGCACAGGAUCAGUGACCGUUUCAAGAUCUUGCAGAGCUUAGUUCCUGGUGGGAGUAAGAUGGACACGGUGUCAAUGUUGGGAGAGGCUAUUCACUACGUGAAGUUCCUCCAGACUCAAAUUUGGCUUCACCAAACCAUGAUCAGCUUUUUCGAUGAGGAUACAUCUUGCUUAGACCUUGCUUCUUCUUUUCCUUCCCAACAGACCUUUAAUGCACAAAACAGUUUAGCGGACCAAGAGGAACCAUCACCACCAGGACCAUUGCCGAAUUCCUGCCUCCAAUCUCAAGAGACCUUGUCUUUGGAUCCUUAUGUGAAAUACUAUCAUUGAUCUCUGGUCCCUUAAGUGCUUGUUGGUGAUGUAGUUUGGUAAUCCGAUGC